AUGGGGUUUAGUGUUCGCAAGGAAGAUGUUCGACGUGACCAUGAAAACAACCCGUGGCAACGUAAAUGGGUUUGCUCAAACCAAGGUUUUCGACGCGACAAGUGGGCAAACCUUCUAAACUGUAAGAAAAAACCAAGACCUAUAACAAGAACGGGGUGUCUCGCACUUCUACGCGUGAACUUGGACAGGACGGAAAACACUUGGGUGGCGAAAGACUUCAAUCCGAAACAUAAUCAUGAAUUAGCUUCGAAAAGGGAAUUGCACUUCUUGCGAUCUAAUCGAGCCAUACCAGAGUCAAUCGGAGCCCAGGUAAUGUCGAUGCGACGAUCAGGUAUACGCACUUGCCACAUAUUCAACCACCUAGCACAAGAAAGAGGAGGACGUGAGUAUGUACCCUUCCUGAAAAAGGAUCUUUACAAUUGGAUUGGUCGGCAAAGACUACUUCAACACGAAGAAGAAACUGACGCUGAAGAAGCAUUGGGGUACUUGGCAUGUAUGGGCCGCUCUGAUGCUGACUUUUUUGAGACACACACAAUUGAUGUAGAAAAUAGGUUGGUUGACCUAUUUUGGGCUGAUGGAAUUUCUCGUCGUGAUUAUGCUUGUUUUGGGGACAUUUUGGCUUUCGACUCCACCUACAAGAAGAACUCAUACAAUAAGCCUCUGCUUAUCUUUGUCGGGUUGAAUCACCAUUACAGGACAAUAGUCUUUGUAGUUGCUUUGCUAUAUGACGAGACCGAGGAGACAUAUACUUGGGUUUUAGAGGAGUUUCUAGAGUGCAUGAAAAACAAACCACCUCCUGUGGUGGUCACCGACGGUGAUCAUGCUAUGGCGAAAGCAAUACAAAAAGUUUUCCCAACUUCUGUUCACCGGUUGUGUGCUUGGCAUCUUCAGAAUAAUGUAACUAUUAAUGCGCCUCAUCCUGUAUUCAAGUCCAAGUUCAAUGAACUACUUUAUCAAUACUGUACCAAGGAAGAUUUCGAGGAUACAUGGAAUAGAAUGGUUUCAGAAUUCGAAUUUGAGGAUAGUCGAUGGGCAACAACUACCUACAAUAGUAGGAGGAGUUGGGCAAAAUGUUUCCUACGAGGGCAUUUCUUUGGGGGACUAAGAACUACUCAAAGAUCAGAGUCAAUUAAUUCCUACUUGUCCCACUUCCUGACGAGUAAACUCAAACUUAGAGAUCUGGUUGGCCAAGUAGACAAGGCCAUACAAAGUAUUCGUCACACAGAACGGGAAGACGAAUUCAUCAGCAACCAUAGUACGCCACAAUUACCAUCGAACAUCCUCCAACAGUACUAUGAACAGGUGGCUUCGAUUUUGACAAGGAACAUGUACAAAAAAGUUGAGGAACAGAUCAUGAGUGCCCUGGCUUACUCAGUGGAGUCCACCAAUGUAUCCAUUGACUUCAGGUUCUACUCACUGACGCGGUUUCCAAAGGGACUUGUACAAAGUAGGGUGCGCUACCAUAUUGUCGAUGGUCAUAUAAACUGUACGUGUAUGUUGUUCGAGUCGGAUGGAAUUCCAUGUCGACAUAUAUUUGUAGUUAUGAAGUACCUCAACAUACCAUGCAUUCCUGAAUCUCUUUAUAAGGACCGGUGGAAGAAGGAUGCGAAAAACACGAUUGGGUUAAAAAAAUUAUCCCAGUCAACGGUGCCACCGGAUGUGCUAGUUUGUACAAGAUGGGGAUCUUUAACUUCGCGUUUCAAUGCAAUGGGAUACUAUGCCACAAAACAUAAUGAAAAUUUUGAAGAGGCAAUGAAUGAAAUGUCACGUAUGGAACAAAAAUUUAAGUCAAUGUCAGUGGAGGUCCAAUCUGUAGACCAAGUUUCAAAUGUGGCUCCUACUAACAGCCGCGAUCACCCCGCUAACAGAGGAAUCCGAGACCCAACUGUGGUAAGAACGAAGGGGAGGGAAACAAACAAGUCAAAAUCAAAAGAGAAGGACACAUAA